CUCAUUCCCUUUUCGUCAGCAGCGAAGUCGAAGUCAAAGGCCGCCUGGAGCCUGAGCAAGGAGUCGGUAGAGAGGAUUAAGGAAACUGCGAAAUUACAUAACGAUAUUUCAGACAAGGCUUCCCUUUUAAGAACCUUCAGAAAUUAUGAUUCGUUGCGUGUAAAGAUCGGAGGGAAUAAUAAUUUUGGGAACGCAACCAACUACGGGAAUCUAGAAAGAUUUUUCUUUCGAUCUGAGGUUGCUUGCGUUAGCUGGCUGUUGGGGUUAGCAACGAUAUUAUAUUGGUGUAUGAGAUGUGUGCUGCUUUUGUCGGAUGUUUCCGGACGUCAGUCUGUUGAGCAGCAAGGCCUCAAAUGGGAGAACCAUCUCUUGGACGGGAGUACCCAGAAUAAACAAGUGGACGUCGUUCAGAUUUCGUUGAAGGACCUCUGGGGAAUUUUCCACUGCCUUUUGACGGAUUUAAAUCUCACCCUACUGAAGACAACCAUGGAAUCGGGCCCAGAGUGCUCCAGUGCUGGCUGAGCUAUUUUAUGAACGGUCGAUGACGAUGCGAUGGAAGCGUGAAUGAGGCUUGCGGUGGCGAGAGCUGAAUGAUGCCCAAGGGCGGGGGUUCUAAAACACCCCAGCUGGAGGACUUCCCGCUCAACACCGACAUGGUGGAGAAGCAGCCUGGGAAGAAGGAUAAAGACAAAAUCUCUUCAAACAAGACUCCCAAACUGGACCGAAGCGAUGCCGUCAAGGAGAUGAAAGAGAAGGCUCCGAAGAGGAAGCUGCCCUUUACUGUCGGAGCCAAUGGGGAUCAGAAAGACUCAGACUCAGAGAAGCAAGGUCCGGAGCGGAAGCGCAUCAAGAAGGAGCCCACCAACACCAGGAAGUCUGGCCUGGCGUUCGGGGUGGGCGUGCCGGGGAUCCGGACCGGGUACCCACUCUCUGAGCGGCAGCAGGUGGCUCUUCUCAUGCAGAUGACGGCUGAGGAGUCGGUCAACAGUCCCGACACAACACCAAAGCACCAGUCACAGUCAAGUCUGGGUCAGAAGGGAACGCCAAACUCCGCCUCAAAAACCAAAGACAAAGUGAACAAGCGCAACGAGCGGGGCGAGACGCGGCUCCACCGGGCCGCCAUCCGCGGGGAGGCGCGCCGCGUCAAGGAGCUCAUCAACGAGGGCGCCGACGUGAAUGUAAAGGACUUUGCAGGCUGGACUGCACUGCAUGAGGCCUGCAACAGAGGUUAUUACGAUGUGGCCAAACAGCUGCUGGCAGCGGGGGCAGAGGUCAAUACCAAGGGUCUGGAUGACGACACGCCUCUACAUGACGCAUCCAAUAAUGGGCACUUCAAGGUUGUGAAGUUGCUAUUGCGAUAUGGAGGGGAUCCUCGACAAAGCAACAGAAGGGGUGAAACUGCAUUGAAAGUAGCAAACUCCCCAACCAUGUUGAAUCUGUUGCUCGGAAAAGGCACUUACACCUCUAGUGAGGAAAGCUCUUCAGAAUCUUCAGAGGAGGAGGAUGCGCCGUCAUUUGCCCCAUCCAGCUCGGUUGAUGGCAAUAACACAGAUUCUGAGUUUGAGAAGGGUCUGAAGCUGAAAGGAAAAUCUCUUGACCUGCCUAAAUCCACACCCGUGAAAGAUGAGUAUGAGUUUGAUGAGGAUGAUGAAGAGGAGCGAGUCCCACCUGUGGAUGACAAGCACCUGCUCAAGAAGGAUUUCCGCAAAGAUUCCGCAAGCAAAGCAAACAGCUUAAUUUCCAUCCCUAAAAUGGAGGUCAAAACCUAUUCCAAAAGUAACUCGCUGACACCAAAGAAGACUGCACGGCGAAUCCUUUCUGAUACCAACAGCUCAGAUGAGGACGAUCGAACCUUGUGUUUCUCCCCAACACCAACGACACGACAGUUGGCACCAGCAAGCAACAACAAGAGCCGGGAGUCUGCUGUCCUGACCUCCAAGUCGCAAAAAGAGAAGAGCAAAGUCAAAAAGAAGAGGAAGAAGGAGACUAAAAACAGCACCAACAAGGAAGUGCGAUUUGGAAAACUCAGUGGCAAAUUCUGUACCUCCGAGUCUGAGAGCGAGGACAUGGAGAGCGAGGACGACAAGGGCUCUGUACAGAGCUCAAACUGUAUAAAGGACUCUUCUGCUUUGAGCCUAAAAGAGUCGUCUGUAUUCAGUUCGCUCUCUUCGUCAUCUUCUCACGGGAGCCUGGGCUCCCAGAAACUGACACAGUCGCUAGCCGAGCAGCACCCAAAGCAAUGGAGGACAGACAACUGGAAAACUGUGUCUUCUCCGGCAUGGUCUGAUGUCAGCUCACUCUCAGACUCUGUCAGAACCCGGCUCUCAAGCGAGUCGGACUACUCCUCAGGCGAUUCAAGCAUAGAAUCUGUGAAACAUGUGAAAAAGAAGACGCAGGUAAACAGGAAGAAAAACAAUGUACACACAAGUACGGCAGAGAAAAGGACAACCUCUGACUUUUAUAAAAGCUCCAACACAGAUGGGUCAGUCUCCAAGAUGGAUAAAGAUGGUAAAGUGUUGAAAAAGCAUAAAGUUAAACACAAACACAAAAAUAAAGAAAAAGACAAGGCCCCCAGCCUGGUGCUAAACCAAGACAUGAAUGAAAAAUUUGUCAAGAGCUUUUCUUUUGAUUUUGAUGAUACACGGCAAAAGUCUCUUAUUGUUGAGACUGAAUCUCCCUCUGAAAACAAAGUGAAGUCCUCCAAACAUGAAAAAGACCGGCUGUCCAAGGUCAAGUCAGAGGACAAGGAGUGGACCUCUGUAAAAGAAACAGUCAGGAUUGCUAAAGAAGAAAAAUCCAAGAAAACAAAGGAUUCAACUAAGGACAAGGCGAGCAAGGAUGAGAAGGAUAAACCCACAAAAUCAGAAAAAGCAAGAAACCUCAAGGAAAAGGAUAAGCUCAAGGAGGAGAAACAGAAGACCCACAAGGAUGAGAAAAAGAAAAAAUCCAAGGACAAGUCCUCUAAAGCAGACAGAAAGAAUGAACAAAAGGAGGAUAAGCAUCUCAAAUCUGAGAAAGAGAAGAACACAAAGGAGGAAAAGUCAAAAAAGGAAAAAGUACCCAAGGAGGAGCCUGAAUAUGAUGCCCGUUUUUUAGAAUUAGAAGACAGCAAGCUUAGUGCCUCAGAUGAUCCCCAUGACCGAUGGGUGUCAGAUCUCUCUUCUGACUCCUCUCUCUAUGGUGAUGAUAGCUGGGAUGCUCCAGUGAAGGAGUACAAGGAAUACAAAGCAAACAACACCGUAAAACUCAUUGUUGAGACUGUAAAAGAGGAGAGCCGAGAUCGAAAGAAGGAAAACAAAGUCAAGGACAAGAAGUUGGAACACACUGAAAAAAGAAACGAGAAAGAGACCACAUCCAAAAAGAAGGAAAAGGAUUUUUCAGAAAAGGUCAGUGACAAGAAAAAAGACCUGUCCGAUAAACAGAAGUUGAAUUCCAGCUACCUGUCAGAAAAGGAGAAGAAGAGGAAGGAGCUUGCAGACAGCACAAAAGAAAAAAAGGAGAGGGAUUCUGUGGACAGCAGCAGAGAAAGAAAAGAUUCCUACGAAUUCACAAAAGAGAGGAAGGACUCCAAAAAUAAACAAGAUGAUGGUUUAAGAGAUGACUAUAUAAGUGAAGGCUUUUUUAGAGACAAAGCUGAGAAUGACCUUGUUGGCAAAUCAUCAGAGAUCAGAGAAAGAAAUCAUUCUGGAAAGGAAAAGAAGGGGGAAAGUGUGGAAAAGGAGAAGAAAGAAAAAUGUAAAGGCGACAAACAUAAGGAGAAGUCCGAGAAGGACAAAGGUGAGAAAAUCUCCACUGAGAAGGCUUCCAAGGAGAAAGACACCGAUAGAGGCUCCAAAGACAGAAAGGAUGGAAUUAAAGACAAACACAAAGACUCCCAUGGUAAAGAAAAAGAAAGAAAAAUGUCCUUAGAACAAGGAAAAGAAAAGAAAGAGAAACCCUCUCUGGAAAAGCAUGCUGACCGGGAGAAGGAUUUCCUCGAAGCAAAGAAAGAUGAGAGAAAAGCAGAAAAGAUGAGGGAAAAGACCUGGUAUAAAAUUCCUGACAUUUUCACUGAUGAGAGUGAGGAUGAAGAGAGAGAUUUCAGCAGAGGUGUUAAGUUCAGUGAUUCUCUUAGUUUUACUGAAUCACACCGGAAGGACAUGACGCCUGACAGAGAUGAGGCAGAUCUUUUGCAAAGUGAAAAACACAGAAAAUACUCUGCAGAGGGGAAGCAGCACUCUGGUGAAAAGCUUAAAGAAAAGGACUAUAAAGACAAGAAAAAAGACAAAAUCACAUUUGACAGUGGGAGAGAGAGAAAGGGCUCCUUAGAAAAAAAUAAGGACAAAAAAGAGAAGGACUCGGGAGAUGGGAAACACAAGGAACGUAAAGACCGGACCUCUGUCGAUUCAAACCUGGAGAAGAAAAACAAGCAAAAGUUACUUGACAAAAGGCACUCCAUUGAGGAAAAGCCUAAGGGCAAGUACAAGGACAAGCUUGACAAAGACCAACUAAAAGACAGGAAAUCCUUGAAAGGAAGCGGUGAAAAUGAGAAAUCCCUCCUGGAAAAGUUGGAAGAGGAGGCCCUGAAUGACUACAAGGAUGACUCCAAUGACAAAAUCAGUGAGAUUUCAUCGGACAGCUUUACAGACCGGGGCCACGAACCAAUUCUCAGCAGCUUCUAUGACUCUUCAAACAUCAGCCUUCCAGACAUCUCAGAGGACAGGAGAGACUCACUGUCUAUAUCCUACCCACAGGACAAGUUCAGAGAGAAAGAGAGACAAAGGCAUUCAUCCUCAUCCUCAUCCAAAAAAAGUCACGAGAAAGACAAAGUGAAAAAGGAGAAAUCAGAUAAGCGGGACAAACCUGAAGAGAUCAAAGAGACCUAUGGGCGCAGAGAAAGCCUGCCCUUUGAAAAGGAACCUAUGCCUUUGGAGGCUGACCCUUAUACUUUCCCUUAUGGGGCUAAGCCUGAUGGAGAGGACGAUUUGGAUAAGACUUUGGAGUUUGAAAAGGAGAUGUCGAAAAAAACUGACAAAGCUAGCAGCAUCAUUACCAGCGAGAAGGUCAAAGACAAAAAGAAAAAAGAGAAACAUAAGGAGAAAGUUAAAGAAGACAAACACAGAUACACAGAUGGGUUUAGCUCUUUUAAACAUCUAAAAGAAGAUCAGAAAUCUGGAUUGAAGGAGAGCCCCCAUGUCAUCAGUUUAAAGGAGAAGUCUAAGGAGGACAGUCCAAAAUUUGAGGCCAGAAAGAAAGACGUAUUGGACAAGGACAGUAGAACCGAUUACAUAAAGUCAAAGGCAAAAGAAGAGAAUGACCGGGUCAAUCAGUCCAAGGACACAACUCGGAAAGACUGCCGUCCACGCGAAAAGCUGCUAGUUGAUGGUGAUCUCAGGUUGACAAGCUUUGGUAAAAUGCUUAGUCAAAAGGACCAGGAAAUUGAGGAGCGCCAUAAAAAACACAAGGAAAGAAUGAAACACAUUGAGAAACUGAGACACAGGUCAGGAGAUCCUAAAUUGAAAGAUAAAACUAAAUCCAGUGAGGACCUCCGGAAGAACCGCCCAGAUCUGUCUUCUAAAAAAUCAAGUUCUGUAGAAACUGCAAUAAAAGAAAAGAAGCCAAAAGAUGUUAGCAUACCUGCUCAAUUAAUGUCUCCUGACAGAAAGUCACAGCCUAUGGACAGUCAGAAUUCUAAAGACUGGCUGGCAGGACAUCAAAUGAAGGAGAACCUACCAGCUUCUCCUAGGCCAGAUCAAAAUAGACCUACCGGUGUGCCCACUCCAACAUCUGUGAUUUCAGGUCCUAGCUAUGAAGAUGUCAUGCAGACUCCACGCACUCCAUCAUGCAGUGCAGAGGACUAUCCUGAUCUAAUGUUUGACAGCAUUGAUUGCCAGAACUCAUCUGCUAUGACUAUGUCCAUAAAUGCUUGCUCUCCAUCCUUCUUUGACAGGUAUUCUAAUGCACCUCACAGCUUCCAGGAAAACACUUGUCUUACACCUGCAAAGAACCUUCAGAUGCCUGUCCUUAGCUGUUCAGCUUCAGUAGAUGUUAGGCCUCUGGAAGAGGAAUUCAAGAUAGAUACUGACAAGUUUCUCAGACAGCAGAGUAUGCCUGCUACCUCUGAGUUGGAGUCUGCAGUCUCACACCAAACAGAAGAAGAUCAGGCAUCAGUAGACCAGCUUGAUCACUUAACUCCAGGUUUUUCUCCUCAUGUUGGAAUGUCCUCUCCAAGGCAUGAGCCAGCCCAGCCCACUUCAGAUGAAGUGUCUGCCACCAUCACUACCAGAGAUGGAGAACAACUUUCUGAAGGGGUCUACAGCAACUUACUGUUAAAGCCUUCAUCUCCAGAUGAUAGGCUGGACCCUCAGGAGUCCUGUUUGGACAUUGUUGCCCCACCAACCCCUGCCCCAGCAGCUCUCCCACCUCUGGAUAUUGAUGAGCUCUCAGAACCACCACUACCAUUGCCUCUGUCCCCACGUAGUGAGCCUGCUCUUACUUCCUCUGAUCCCGUGAGUGACUUCCUGCCAUUGGUUGUGGAGGAACAGGAGGAUGAAGAUGAGGAUGAGGAGGGUGGAGAUGAGGAUGAUAAUGAGGAAAAUGACCCAGGGGAGGGUGAAGGUGAAGAUUUUGUUGAGGAUGAGAAUGUAGAUCACUCAAGGGAUGACACUUCCUUUACACAAUGUGCUGUAGAGGCAAUGAAAAAGGAUUGGGGUGAAUCUCCAGACAGAGGAGGUUCAGACGAUAUGCUUAGUGUUACACCAAUUUGCCCUGCUGUGAGCCUUGUGGAAAACUCCUGUGAUCACUCAGUCACUUGGGUCCCAAACCCGGAGAUUCUCCUGAAAUCUCCUCAAAGACCUUUUGUGGACUUGUCAUCAACCUCCAAGAUUGUCCCUUUCCCACACCUGGAGGACAACUUGCAACAUUCCCUCCCAACAGCAGUAUCCUGUCCCCCAUCAGCAACUUCACCCUACUCUGUGUUUCCCAGACCUUACUGUCAUACACAAGCUCAUGUUCCACAGUCUGACAUUGAAGAACAUAAAGGCACAGUAGAUGACAUCCCCACACCUGUAAAACCUAUUACAGCACCUGUGGAAUCUGAAUCCAUGUUGUCCUCCUCUACCAGGCUAGAUUCCUUUUUCACUGAGUGUAAGUCCAUCUCUGAAGACAACCAGGUUGUGUCUGAGCCUUCAUGCUUGACAACAGACAACCAGCCGGAUUCUCUCAGCUAUAUCUCUGAAAACAGCAUGGCCCCCCCUGUGAGUCAUGACCCAGUGGUUCCCUGGGCAGAUCCUUUUGCUACUACUGUAGAAGAUUUGGAUGAUCUGGGGCCCUUCUCUUUGCCAGAUUUACCUUUACAAGACAAGGAAAUCCAGGACCCUAAUAUCUCAGAACCAGGGCUGCCAGACUUUAAACAUCCUCCUAAUUAUAUUGCAUCUCCAUCUAAUGAAUUAAGAGAGGAACCUGAUCCGAUGGAGCUUAACAUGCCUGGCAUGGAAAAAACGCCUUGCUCUCCUUCUGUCCCAAUGAGUGAGCCUGCAAGGAAUUUAUUUGACGCUUCCGAAGAUGACUGCAGGUCGGAUCAUGAGUUGGAUUCAGAACCCCAGAAGGUUCCAGAGAACAACUCCACCUUUACAGCAGCACCGGAGGACAAGUCAUCAUUGAACGAGGAGGCUGAAAAUGAUGGAAACGCUUUGUUGUCCACCACUGAUCCCAACAAAAACCAAGACACGCUAGCAGACUCUUCAGUGGAGAAGUCCACGCUGGCAGCUGUGACUGUAUGCCCUGACACAGUUUCCAGUAGUGAAUCAGACAGCAGUGAACAGCAGAACCCAGCCAUUACAGCUCCAGCCGAGAGUAGUCCAAGUCACUCCACUCCAGUGUCAACAAUCGAGCAUCUUGCUACAGUCCAAGUGUUUGAACCUCUUGACACAGUACCCAAGGCAGCAGUUACAACCACAGCUGAAAUUCCUAAGAAGGUGGAGGAGAUUCCACAGAGGAUGACCAGGAAUCGGGCGCAGAUGUUAGCUAACCAGAGCAAACAGAAUAAUUCUUUGCUUGCAGGCAACUUGACAUCGUCUACCCCAUCUCACAGCACCACCACUGCUCCCACUGUCAUCACCACCUCAUCCUCUGUCACCCUGGAGAAAGAGAAAGAGCCCAUCACCACCACUCCCAGCGCCACCCCCACCGUUGUCAGCAAGGGCAAAGCUCGACUCACAGAGGAAGAUGAUGCUCAGGCACAACAUCCACGGAAACGCAAGUUCCCCCGGUCAAGCCAGCAGCAAGUGCAGGUUCAACUGGUCAACACCGCGAUGCAGCAGACAAGGGAGAUGAUCCAGCAGACGCUCGCCGUCAUCGUCAAUGCCAUCAAGCUGGAUGACAUUGAGCCCUACCACAGUGACCGCUCCAAUCCCUACUUUGAGUACCUGCAGAUCCGCAAGAAGAUCGAGGAGAAGCGGAAGAUCCUUUGCUACAUCACGCCCCAGGCUCCACAGUGCUACGCUGAAUAUGUGACCUACACUGGGUCCUACCUCCUGGAUGGCAAGCCCCUCAGCAAGCUGCACAUUCCUGUGAUCGCUCCACCCCCAUCCCUGUCAGAGCCCCUGAAGGAACUGUUCAGACAGCAGGAGGCAGUGAGGGGGAAGCUGCGCUUGCAGCACAGCAUUGAGCGGGAGAAGCUGAUUGUGUCAUGUGAACAGGAGGUACUGCGGGUCCACUGUCGAGCGGCCAGGACAAUAGCGAACCAGGCUGUCCCUUUCAGUGCAUGCACCAUGUUGUUGGAUUCGGAGGUCUACAACAUGCCUUCUGAGAGUCAGGGUGAUGAGAACAAGUCGGUGAGGGAUCGUUUCAAUGCCCGUCAGUUCAUUUCCUGGAUCCAAGAUGUAGACGACAAGUAUGACCGCAUGAAGACGUGUUUGUUAAUGCGACAGCAGCACGAGGCGGCUGCGCUCAACGCCGUGCAGAGGAUGGAGUGGCAGCUCAAGGUGCAGGAGCUGGACCCUGCCGGACACAAGUCCCUCUGCGUCAACGAGGUCCCGUCCUUCUACGUGCCAAUGGUGGACGUCAACGAUGACUUUGUGCUCUUACCCGCGUGACAGGAACACUUGCAGCCAUCUGGUAUCGCCUUUAGAAAACAUCCAGUAGAACGUAUGGUAAGGGCUAGCCGGUUUGAAAAAGGAACAUUCUUUCUCGAGAGAAAAAGAUCUAUAUUAUAUAUGAAAAUAGAAAAACGUGCUUAUGAUUCCCUCCUACGAGAGGAGGAAGCAUCUUUUUACCGGGAAAACACAACUUGCACUUUGUUCCUACGCGGUUUUAUGCUUUCAGAAAAAGCAGAACGCCUUUGCUUUGAGGCUUACUCCCCUGCUUGAUUUUUAGAAAGGGGGGAGGCUAAGUUGUAUUUCCUAAAUUUUUGGUUCCCUUUCAUAAAACCGGAAAAAGAGACGGACAAACCCUCCUAUCGGCGUGGAUUGGAACCAGCGACAGGAGGAGCCGCGGCGACCGCGACCUCGGAGGAGCUGGGAAGCGGCGACGUGCCCAAGGGCGAGGAGAAAGGGGUCCCAGAGGAACCUUCCAUUUCUGCCCGUUAAGAGCAGGGUCUGCGGAGUCACACCGGCCCUCAGAGGCCCUGCGGAGUCACACACGGCACUCCGCGGCGCACCGCGCGGCUGGAACCCGGCGCGGGCACCGGCAUCGCGCCGGGGGGGGGGAGCCACGGGGCCCCGGCAGCACCGCGCUGCCGAAACGGGUGUCCUGAGGCACAGCGAGAACCGAGGAGGCGUUUCAGCCUUUUUUAGAUCCGCGUCUGGCUGGGAGAGACUCGGCGCUCAGCGACGGCUGAGAGGAGGAGACAGGAGAAGCGGGAGAUUCCAGUGGGAGUCUUCCGAUGAGCAGUUUGCAUGUGCUGUACAUCGGCCUUUAACAGCUAGGUAUUACACAACCCGGCCACUGCAAACUGAGCGGGAAAAUGAAUGUGUCAGUUCAAGAGGCAAAGACUUUCAGAGGUGGUUUUAGCAGACUGUAUUCUGUUUUUUGUUUUUGUUUUGUUUUUUUUGGUCUUUUUCUUUACUUGGGCAUUUCAUCAUUUCUCUUUCUGAGAAAGUGACUUGAAACACUACGGAGCCAAUAUUAGUUUAAUGGAAAAUUAAAAUGGAAAAAAAUGUAUCCCGUAAAUUCUGUACAGUUUUAUAUUCGUUAACCAAUGUAUUCUCGCUGCCUUCUAGAUAAUUUAUUUUGCCACACAUUACUGCACAGUUGUAAAUAACUUAUGUACUGUAACAUCACUCUCAGUUAAGUGUAAAAAAAAAUGAAUAAAAUUAUCUUUGUAUGUACAGUUCACUUUUGGGCAGCACUUUUCCCUUAUAACAAUGGGCCAAAAUGUGUACACAGUAUUUUCAGUAUUUUAAAGGCAGUCUCCAGUGGAGCCGGUCAGAACCAGUCAGAACCAGUCAGCUGGGUCUUCACAACCACAACUCACCUUGUCAGAGAAACCCCUCAGACUGUAACUACCACAAUCUUAAUCCUCAGAUGUAGCAGAAUGGUUAAUAAAUUUAUUUAAAGAAAGGGUAUAUUAUGCUUUGCUUUAUAACAGAACUAUUUAAAAGAAUCAAAACCAAGAAAAUGCCUUUUUACAGUCAGCAUUUAAUUUACUCAAAUAUUGCGCAAGUAAAUUUUAAGGUACACCAGACAACAAGUAACGUAAGAUGGCUUUGAAACCAGUUCUCUUGCUGUUUGUGCUAUGAUAGAAAUGUUUUCAUAUUACAAAUCAAAUACGCCAUAAACUAUUACUCAUGUAUUACAGUGGCAUUGUAAUUAUUUCAGAGUUUGAGCUAAUGCGUUAAUCAGUGGGUCUGUAGAGAUUUUAUAUUGUGCUAUGGGCAGCAAUUCCCAGGGUUGCUGAGGUAAUAACCAAUAUUUUUGGUCCCUGAUUAUUAUUUUUUUUAAACAGCCUCUCUUUCUCUGAGCAGUACCGUACUACCACAACCAUUUUUAUGCCCAUUCUGAUUUGAUAUGCUUUCAUACAGUAUUCAAUUGAGUGGCAUGAGGUUUAAAUUCACCUUGAAGUCUCACGUUUCAUUUGUUUAUUUACGCUUGGAUUUGAAAUUAAGGGCGGUUUUAAAUGACUGCAUAGUACAUGCCACAGCUUCAGCAUUCUAAAAUGGCAAAGGAUUAAUUUUAACUAGAGCUUUGAAUCGUGAAUUUUACGAAACAACAGUCACAAGAUUAAUUACAUUGACAUUAUAACCGAUAGACUGUAUGUUCAUAAAAUCAAUUGGUUUAUAAGAACAGUUGUGAAACUGGUGCUUUUUAUUAAAUACAAAUACAAAAUACUUUUUAUCUGAUCUUUUAUCAGUGCUCAGUGAAAGAGCGGACGGGUUCAGCUUUACACGUCUGUAUUUUAUUUUGGCUUCCAGAAUUGUACAAGAUCUUUUUUCUUUUUUUUUUUUUUAUAAUAAGAUAUCUAAUCAGGGUUAUACGAAUGUUAUGGUUUAUUUUUAUUGAGUUUAUUUGCUUGUUAUUAGAGGGUGCUCAGUGUAUCAUAGGCUCUGGUUUAAAUGUUAAACUGUGGGGCUCGAUCAGCCACGUUUCUACAUUACUGUUUUUAUGCAGACACACAGUAUUCUCCUUUAUAAACAAUGGGCAAAAAUUGCACAUCUCGUUUACCAAAUAAAAAGGAGUUAAUUAUUAAUGAAGCGCUACAGGUAGAAAGAUAAAACAAUAUUGCAUUGCAAUAAUGCACUGCUUUCCUGCUCUCUGUAUGUUUUUCUUUGUGAGCUGUGGUAGGGAUCUGCUUUUAUUUUUUACAGGUCAUUUUUAACUAUCUUUACCUAACAACAUGAAAUGGCUAUAGUUCAUUUUAAUUUUCUGGUGUGAAAAUUCCAGUAGAAAAAUAAAAAUUUGCACAGAAUUAAUAGUAUACUUUUGUCACAUUUGAGCAGAAGGGUUAUAUUUUUUCAUGCUUUUAAAUUUGUCUGUGUGGGGUUUCUUAAUCAAGUAAAAAGAAAAUUGAAAUUCCACAGCCACAAAGAAAAACAAAGUGAGCAUCCACCUCUAGUCUUGCACAUUAAUUGACUUCCCAAUAAUCAAGGUAUGUUAUGCAUAUUCAUACAUACAAACUGUAUCCUAAAUUAGAUACAAAAAAUAAGUACCUAAAUAAGUAUCUUUCAUUUAGAAAGAAUUCUGUAAGUCUGCAUUUCCGGGUCUGUAUAUUUGGCGGCAGAUGUUGUCUCAUUUGUAUGAAGCAUAAACACUUGUAGCAUGUUAACUGCGUUGCUUAUGAUGAACAGAAUGUAUAUGCCGUCACAAUGCUCUGCAUCGUUACUAUUGUUUACAGAACGUUACGUUUGUUUCAGUUAUUGUCUUUUUUUUAACGCUUUGAGCCCUGCCUUUUAUUUCUUAACUAUUUCUUUACCAACAAAGGCUUGAAAUCGUGAAAACUAGAUGUCUGAGAUUGCUUUGUCACACAGUGGGUAAAAUUCAGUGUAGGCACAAACAUCACUGAGCAUUUAGGUUUGACAUAUUCGUACCUGAAUACUGACAGUACUUGCCGAACUUCUUCUUUGCGCAUAGCAAGAGUAACUCAGAUGUUUUACUUCAGCUUCUCACAGCAUCCCAAAUUUAUUAUCUGUUCUGUGACUUAUGGCCAGAAAGCUUCAGGGUUUAGAAAGUUAGAAUCUAUUACCUAGUAACCCAUUCAUAAGCUAGUCUUUGGCUUAGUUGAAAUGGCUAUUUUCCUAUGACCUCUUCUAAGCAUAUAAAUACACAUUUUAUCUGUUUAUUUAUUAAGGAGAAUCUGUAUAUGCGAUGGUUGAGUGACCUUACCUCAACCCCACCCUCAGCAGCGGUGCACUUGGCACGCACUUAGACUGUUCUGUGACCACCUCAAUCAGCAGCACCUUACCUCUACUUUUCAACCAGGCUGAUUCCAUUUUUAUGCUGGAUGGAGUGUCUUUAUUACGGAUAACGUCACAAUUUCAAGCCUUUUCCUCGUGUUUUUUCUGUAUUAACGUAAACCGGACAGUAGCUGUGUUGAGGAAAAAAAAAUUCAGUUGAUGAUAAAGCAUGGAGAACUACUCUUUUAAUGGUGAUAAAUAACCUAUUUAUUAUCUUUCUGCCACCUGUGGUAUGUUGGAGUCGAAGUCUCUGCUGUGUAAAUUUCCCUCUUGUAAUGCGUAAAUGAGACGUUGUACAUAGCUGUAAAUAUAUCCCAGGACGUUUUGCACCCUUCUCUUUGUACUAGUCUAAACUUGCGUAGAAUGUGGGGUUCUAACAGCGAGGAGACAGUGCGCUCGCUGCCGGUGAUGUAACAAUGUAAUUUUUUGUACAAUGUAGUUGAACUGUGUACAUAUUGUUGGAGCAGCUAUGGGGGGGGAUUUGUUGAUGCUGUCGUCAGUGCUGUCACAGAACCAGUACUGUCACCUCUGGCUGUGUUGAUUUCAUGCAAAAACAGAAAAAAAAACUCAACUGAGAAUUAGUCAAAAAUAAAAAUGGUUAUUUUCUACAGUUGCAUGUACAGAGAGCGCGAGAAAUGCUGUUGUCCCUCAGAGAUUAUGUUCGUAAAUAAAUUUUUAAAAUAUA